GAUUUAAAACCGGAACAAACAAAACCAACCAAAGCAAAACUGAGCAGCAGCUGAUCGGUGUAUUACUUCAGUUUUUUUUCCCAACACACAGUUAAAGGCAUAUUUGGGCUGGCAAAAGGGAACAUUUAAGGGACUUAAGGUUAAAUAACUGCAGCUGAAAAACAGAAAAGAUGAGCGCACUUCGCCAUCACUAACAUCAGGAUUUAAUGUUUUAUUUUAUAUAACCUGCAAUGGUUUUAUAAUCCCUGCGCCUGUGUAGUUUUAUUUUGUGUUUUUUAUCAUUUAAGUCACUAUGAAGGGCUUCCUCUCCAACCGCAGGAGGACCCGGAGCAGCAGCGGGCUGAGGGGGCUGCUGUGUCCGCUCCUCGGUGCGUGUCUCUGGGCUGCGGUGGUCGGAUACAAGCCGGUUGUUAUAGUUCACGGUUUGUUCGACAGUUCAGGGGAUUUUAAGAACCUGCAACGAUUUAUCAACGAGUCUCAUCCUGGAACAAAUGUGACAGUCAUCGACCUCUUUGACAGAAGUGCCAGUCUCCAGCCCAUGUGGAAACAGGUGGAGGGAUUCAAGGCAGCUAUUUACCCGAUAAUGCAAAACGCUGCAGACGGAGUCCACUUUAUCUGCUACUCUCAAGGUGGACUGGUUUGCAGAGGGAUUGUCUCCACUCUAUCAGACCACAACGUUAACUCGUUCAUUUCCUUAUCGUCGCCUCAGGCCGGACAGUACGGAGAUACAGACUACCUGAAGUACCUCUUCCCUCAGUUUGUGAAGUCAAACCUCUACCACGUCUGCUACACUUCAUUCGGGCAGAGGAUAUCGAUCUGUAACUACUGGAAUGAUCCUCACCACAGAGAUCUGUAUGUGAACAGCAGUGACUACCUGGCUCUGUUGAACAGCGAGAGACCCAAUCCAAAUGCAACAGAGUGGAAGAAGAACUUCCUGAAGAUCAAAAAGCUGGUGCUGAUUGGAGGUCCAGAUGAUGGAGUCAUCACGCCCUGGCAGUCGAGUCAGUUCGGUUUUUAUGACGACAACGAGACUGUUGUUGAGAUGCAGCAACAAGAUCUGUACUUAAGGGAUGUUUUUGGUCUGAAGACCCUCGCGGCUCGUGGAGAUAUCAUACUGUGCUCUGUUCCCGGUGUUGAACAUGUUUGGUGGCACUCGAACGAGACAGUUUUCCACAUGUGUAUGGAGAAAUGGCUGGACUAGAAAAACACACACAAACACACACUGCAGGAAGUAACUCCACUCAAACUGUGGAUUCUCACAGUUUUCAGUGGGUUUGCAAUGUCAUUAUCAUUUGUUUCGUGUAGUUUUGCGUGUUCAGUUUCUCAAUGUUUUAACUUCCUACUUACAUUGAUUUUAUUUAUUUUAAACCUCCCAUUGUUGCUGCCAGACAAAUACAUCACUGUGUACGGGGAAAAGAAAAAAGACACCAAAAAGUCCUAGUGGUUGAUGUGGUUUUGGUCUUCAGACGCUCAUCAAGCAAAGCUAAUCCAAAUGAGCAGCACCAAUGGAAGGAAGGACUUGUUUUACCUUUUUUCACCAAUGUGAAAAGGGAGCAAAGCACAAACUCUCAGAAGCAACAAAUACAGGAACUUCCAACAAAUCAGACUUAAUUUGUAGAGAAAUGUAAGUCGACUACUUUAUUUUAAAAACCUUGGUCUAUUUUAAAAUAAUGCUCCGUAUACCGUACAUAUAUUGAAGGCCAUUUGCACAGAUAUUGCCUCAGAGAUUAUGUGUAGAUUGUACUAAAAUGCAUGUUAACAGGUAUGCUUUCUACAGCUUAGGGCGUCUCAUUUUGAUGCAUUUAAAUGUAAAUACCCAUUUCAGACAGUGGGUCAUUCUGUUUGUGUCAAUGCUGCUAUUCCAAAUUAAAAUAUUGCACUGUACAGUAUGUAAUAUUGGCAGAUGCUCGAGCACUUACGUGGAGUUUGUGUUGAAGUCAGUGAUGAUCUGCAAGGUGGUCAGUUGAUAACAAUGUCAGGCUCCUUUUCUAAGCCCAUGUUAUCUAGUGUUGUAAACUGUUGACUGUAGAAGAGCAGAAGACCCUAAACAUACACUAUAUGGACAAACAAGUUGGGACAUAUGACACCUACAGCUUAUAGAACUCUCCAUUCCCACUGAAUUAAAAGAUAAUUAUGAUAAAAAUGUUAAUUUCAGUUGGUAUCAGUAAUUAUCAUGAUAAAUGUCAAAUUUUUUAAAGUCUAAAGGCUGAGUAAAAGUUGAAGAACCUAGACGGUUACUUCUAGUUGAAAAAUAUUAUUUAUGGUCAGAACAUGGCAAAUAUUUCAGAAAUUAAGAGGUAGAACAUGUCAAAAAAGCGAUGAUUAAAAAAAUAUUUUUGUAUGCAUAUAUAUCUAAAUAAAAAUAUUAGUUAAUACUAAAAUAUAAAUUAACACUAAAGAGAAAAACGUUUAUUGUAAAUGAUACUUAUCACAAUAUAAAAUUAUGGAACUUGUCAUUAUUGUUUUUAGUAGCAAAGAAAUACCCAGAUUUAAUGUGUUCAUCCAUAUAAUGUAUUAGUGUAUUAAUAUUUAUGAAAGGAAUCAAAUUGAAAGCGUCCUUUUACUGGUUUUUACACUCUCUUGAGGUGGUUUUUGCUUUUAACAAAAAAAAAAAAAAAAAAGAAGAAAAAUUGUGAGAGAAUGCAUCCAUUGGGGAUGGAAACAGGCUCUUAUGACUAUAGAAAACAGAGAUUGUGAGAGAAGAUUUUUUAAAGAUACAUUAAAACCCAUAAAAUUUUUUGGAAUUAAAAAAAAAUUAGACAUGUCAGUUUCAUCUCAUAUUAAGUUGAGAUGGUUUUGUUUUGAAGAGAAAAUUAAAUCAACAAAACAAAAUUUAAAAUGAAUAUAAACAACAACUCCCAAGAUGUAAAUAAAAUAUCUCUCCAUAAUAAUGUAUUGUACCUAUUAAUGGUAUGAAAAUAUACCUGUUAAUACGCGUUUAGUCGUACUUUAAACAAAAUCUCUGAGAUGUUAUCUGUGUGUGUCUGUUCACACAUACCUCAAAUCACCACACAACACAUCAGUGCCUGGGCGACUUUCCGUCAUCUUGUCUACAUGUACAGACUCACUGCCCUGCUCAUCUUAAUGAUGCAGUACUUUAUAUCUUUUUAAUCCGUCCAUUUUUUACCCUGGGGAUCAUGUUCGCCUGUUUUUAUGCACGUCAGACCAUGAAUAUCGUGUUUUGUUGUCAUUUUCGUGCAGUGCUUUGGAGCUGUACUCGGAGCUAUCGCUACAGUAGAUAAAGCCUUAAAUUUUCCCCUCAUGCCUCAGUGUUUGAUGUCCUGUACCGAAGUGCUAUGACUCACUGCCUUUAGUGAUUGUGCUAAACCUGGUGACAGACAAGUGGAGAGUCGUGAAGAAAAGGAAGCUGGAGAGCAGCAGUGUCUAUAUCAGUGUUUACUCGUUUACCAAAACAUUACCUGUGACACUCUUUUACCUCCCAUUGCAUUUAGAUAUCUCAGGCGUUUGAGCUACCAUCUUGUCUCUCUGAAAAGGGAUUUGUCUCUGUCAACUGUCUGCAUUGUUUUAGAUGUCUAUGGCUGCCUUUUUGUCCUUAAAGGUGUUUGAUAAAGUAACUGAUGAAACAAGAAGUGAAUAACCUUUUGCCUGAGCAUUGCACAGUGUAUAAGCUGAAAAAUGGAGAAGGGAAAUGGUGAAGAUGGGAUAACUAUUAACCUGUUUUAAGCUCAUUUAAUAAUUUAGUUGAACUGUUUUUAAAGCAGUUAGAUUUGCAGUAUUUAAUGUUGCAUUCGUUAUUUCAUGUUUGCUUGUACGUAGUACUCAAGGUAAAUGCGUAAGUUGUGGAUUUAAGGGACAUCAUUUUCAUUUCAUUUAACAGUAAAUGUCAAUAGACUCUUUUUAAAACUCUAACAGAAACUAUUUUGCUAGUGUUAUACAGUUUCUACAGGACCUGGACUGCAAGUAAAAAUGUCAAAUCCUCAAUAAAAGACAGUUUUCAACA